UUUACUUUGUGAUUAUUCAUUCGUGAAUGUGAAUGGCUUGUAAAUAAUCUAUUAAUUUUUGAACACUUCAAAAUAUAUUCUAUCUAUGGAAAUAAUUAAAAGCAUAAAUUAUAGACAAAAGUGAUCACAUCCAAUAUCCUAAAAUGAGUGAAACACCAAGGCAACUCGAGAGAAACUUUGACCCCAGUUUAUCGAACACUGUGGUGGGGGGAACAAACGAUGCACUUGGAUUCAGAAAUGCAAUACCAUCUACGUCUACCGCUAUUGGACCUCCAGCGCUGCCUCCACGACCUGAUUUUAUGCAGUCCAACUAUGGCAUGAACAGUGGCUAUCCGUUUGGAGGUAUGGGGGCCAUGGGUGGAAAUUAUGGAAUGGGAUAUGGGGGAUAUAAUAGUUACGGAGGUUUUGGCGGUGGGUAUGGAAUGGGAGGCAUGGGUAUGAGCCCAUACGGAGGGUUAAAUAGGUACGGACCUAUGUACGGGGGAGAUAUUGAGAGCAGAUUUAUACAAAUGGCCGAGGAAAGUUCAAGACCUACAUUUGAUUCAAUUCAAAGUGUGGUGCAUGCAGUGGGCAGUGUUGCAAUGAUGCUUGAGAACACAUUCUUCGCUUUGACAAGUUCAUUUAGAGCAAUACUUGGCGUGGCAGAAAAUUUUGGAAGAUUGAGAUCUCUUUUUGCACAAUUCUGGUCAACAUUUGCUGUUGUCAGAAGCUUAAACUGGAUUGUAAGAAAAUUACUUGUUCUGUUGGGAAUUCGGACAGAGAAUGAGUUUAAGGCUUGGGCUGAGGCUGUAGCGGCUACUCAGAAUGGUUCAGCCACACCCGAGCAGCGAGUGCGGGGCUCCAGCUGGCCUAUUCUCCUCUUCUUUGCUGUUAUUGCUGCUGCACCCUACAUUGUCCUAAGAAUGCUCAAUGGACUCGCAUCAAACAUACACGAGAGAUUGAACGAUCCAAGUUCGUGGCAGAAUCCUCUUCGGGCCGUCGCGCAAUACGACUACCAGGCGACAUCCCCACAAGAAGUCAGCUUCAACGCCAACCAAGUACUGACCCUGGCGCCCCAACACCUUCAAGGCCAAUACUGGAACUCCGGCUGGCUGAUGGCCACCACGGACAGACAGCACGCAGGCCUAGUCCCAGUCAACUACAUCAAAGUCAUCAAACCAACCAACCAAUUAGAAAGUAAUGUUACCAACGAGAAAAUAGAGAGUGAUGCUAGUAAAAAUAAUCCAGAACCAGUACAUUUUGAUAAAUAUUAUGCAGAUGAAUUAUAAUUUUUAAAGAUGA